GCCAGGUAGCCCCCAACUUGUCGACUGUAAACAAGGUUGGGAAGGAGUUGGUGGGUCCUGAAAUUUUGGCUUGUCUGUCCUUUUACACUCCUUACUUGCCAGGACGCUUAAAGUUAUGACGUAUCUAAGUGGAAGUGUAGGAAAUGCUAUAUCUCUACUUAAGCAAAAGACCAUCUCAUCCUUGGAGCUCUGUGAUGCAGCCUUGAGGCGUCAAGAAAUUGUGGCACGAUUGAAUCCUUUCAUCACCAGUACUCCAGAAUUUGCUAGAGAAUCAUCAGCUCUUUCCCAGAAGAGGUAUGACAGAGGGGAGCAUCACAGUCCAUUGGACGGGAUUCCGAUAGCAGUCAAAGACAAUUUCUGUACUUUAGGCAUUCCAACAACCUGUGGCUCGGUUAUGUUGAAGAACUAUGUGCCCAUUUAUUCCGCCACCGUGGUAAAGAGACUACAGAAGGCUGGUGCAGUUAUUAUUGGUAAAACUAACCUGGAUGAGUUUGGGAUGGGAUCGGGAACAAUAGACAGCUCCUUUGGACCGUCUAAAAACGUUUAUCGAUCUGGAAUCGAGUACAAUUUUCUCCACUCAAGCAGAAGCUGUGAUAGCACAGUUCCACAGGUGCCGUCAACACCACUUACUAAUGGAGAUUGGUAUAUAACAGGAGGCAGCUCUGGGGGCAGUGCUUUAGCAGUAGCAUCUGGUACAGCUUUUUUGGCAUUAGGGUCUGAUACAGGAGGAUCUGUGCGUAACCCAUCAUCAUACUGUGGAAUUGUUGGCUUGAAACCUUCCUAUGGGGUAGUGCCACGGUUUGGGCUUGUCAGUUUGGUAAACUCGUUGGACGUGCCUGGGCUAUUUGGACGCUAUGUUGACGAUGUUGCGACUAUGCUGAGCAUUGUGUCUGGAUUGGAUCCUCAGGAUUCAACAAGUGUACCAAGUGACCUGCAGAAUUUGAAGCUUCCAGAGAGUCCAAGUUUAGAUGGAUUGAUUGUUGGCAUCCCAAGAGAGUAUCACUGGCCAGGGAUGAGUAUGGAGGUAGUCGAGGCAUGGACAAAAGUGGCCGAUUUGAUGGAGAAUUGUGGAGCCCAAGUUCAAGAGGUAUCGAUGCCACACAUGAAAUACUCCAUCAUCUGCUACUCCAUCUUAAAUCCUUGCGAAGUGGCUUCUAAUUUUACGAGAUACACGGGAGUUGGAUAUGGACAUCGAGUGCAAUCGACUCACUCAAUGGAAGCUGUGUAUGCUUUCUCUCGGUCAGCUGGUUUGAAUGAGGUUGUUAAAGGCCGAAUCCUUGCUGGAAACUACUUUCUCUUAAAGGAGAAUAAAAACAAAUAUUUCAAGCAAGCUUUAAAGGUGCGUCGUCUUAUUGCACAGGAUUUUGGCCAAGUGUGGUCCAGUGGCGUUCAGCUUCUUCUGACUCCAGUAACAUUGUCUGCUGCUAUCAGAUACUCCAAAUUCCAAAAUCUAGACAACCGUACUCAAACAGCAAUUCAGGACAUCUGUACUCAAGCAGCUAACAUGGCAGGUGUGCCAGCUGUUAGCAUACCUGUUUCAUUAAAUAGUGAAGGUUUGCCAUUGUCACUUCAGCUGAUGGCUCCGUGGGGUAAAGAUGCAGACAUGUUGUCUGCAGCAAAGUGGAUUGAACAACAAGUAAAUUUUCCAAGGUUAAAUAUUCUAGAAUAAAUGUAAAUAUUGUACACUAAUAAUA